AUGGCCAGGUCCGAGACUAUCCCUCUGGAGGAGAUGGUGAGCAUCCUGGACCAAUGCGGGCCAGCUCUGACAUAUGUCCUGCAAAGCAAGUUUGGAUGUACUGCUGUGCUCCAUGGUGUUGAUGCCGGUGCAGGUACAAGGAAGUUCAAGAUGCCAGGUGAGGAAAGGUUUUCUACCCAGCUGUCAAAGGGCCUCAAAGUAUCAGUAAGGAAAGAUGACUUUACCACUCAUAAAGCAGAUGCUGUGAUCAAUUCUGCCAAUGUGAAUCUCCACCAUGUGGGAGGUCUCGCCAGGGCGCUGUGUGAUGCCGGAGGCCCGGAUAUCCAGCGAGAGAGUGACCAGUACACAAAGCUUUACGGAAAGUUGUCAACGGGAGAUGCCAUCGUUGCCGAACCUGGACGCUUACCGUGCAAGAAGAUCAUUCAUGCUGUGGGUCCAUGCCUUCCAUACAAACCAAUGCAAUAUAAUAUUGAUGAUGCUGUGCCAGAACUCACAAAGACUGUAAUAAGCAUUCUAAAGAUGGUAAAUCAAGAGAAGCUGCAGUUUGUGGCCAUCAGUUCUGGCCUGUUCAACUUUCCCUUGCCUCUCUGUGCAGACGUCAUUGUUAAAACACUGAAAGAGUACCAUGAUCGGGAUUAUUAG